AUGAGGCUUGUCCACGGAAUCGCUCUCUUGCCUGCAUUCCUCACGGCAGCCUGCGCGUCAUCGGUUCUCUUCAACGGGGGCACAGUUGUCGCUUUCAAUCAAGAGACGCAAGGGUUGAAGGUCAUCCGCAAUGGCUCGGUCUUCGUCGAGAACGACCGCAUCACCCGUGUUUGCAGUUGUGCGAUCACGGAUAUCCCACCGGAUACCGAGAUCGUCGAUAUUACCGACAAGAUCAUUACGCCGGGCUUCAUCGACACCCAUCGACAUGGCUGGCAGACGGUCUUCAAGACUAUGGCUUCUAAUUCCACCCUGCUGGAGUUCUUCAGCCGCUACAGCUCCUACGUCGCGCCCUUCUUCUGGAAUGCGACUGACGUGUACGACAGUCAACUUGCCGGCUUAUAUGAGGCGUUGAAUGCGGGUGUUACGACGUCUCUUGACCAUGCCACCAAUACAUGGUCUCGAGAUGCAUCUGAUGCCGGUCUCCAGGCUUCCAUUGAUAGUGGAGCGAGAGUGUUUUGGGGUUUCACUUUUGCCAACAUCUCAGGUCUAGUCACGGUUGACGACCUGUUUCCGAUCUUCCGGGACAUGGCCAAGAAAGCCGAGCUGGCAAACUCCCCUACUACUCUGAGCAUCGCCUACGACGGCUGGGGUCCGAAUCCAAAUGUUGGAGAAAUUAAUAACAUUAUGGCACUUGCCGAGGAGCUCAAUGUAUCAGCUAUCACUACUCACUCUCUUCAAGGACCUUGGGGCUUCAGCAAUUCUCCUGAAGACGUCCAUGCCCUCAACUAUCUCAACAUUUCCAAGCCCUUCAUCUUCUCCCAUGCUUCAUUCCUGACCUCCACUGGAGCGGACUUGCUGCGAUCCACUAACCAGUAUAUCUCUAUCACGCCUGAGUCCGAGAUGCACUACGGCCAGACGCACCAAACCAGCCACCUCGUCCAGGAUCAGGCUUCUCUCGGGAUCGAUACACAUAUUACUUUCAGCACCGACAUCCUGACGCAAGCCCGUAUAUGGCUUCAAUCGGUCCGCUAUCGGCUGUAUAACGACGUGGUUCAGGGGUGGAAGCUGCCAGGGACUAAUCCCAUGUCGGUCGAGCAGGCCUUCCUACUCGCUACGCGUCAAGGUGCUCUCGCCUUACGGCGCCAUGACCUUGGUGUCAUCGCCACCGGUGCCAAGGCCGAUCUACUCAUCUGGGACGGCACCUCCCCGGCGAUGCUUGGCUGGGUUGACCCCGUUGCUGCCGUUAUUCUCCACGCUAGCAUCGGUGACAUCGAGGGCGUACUGGUUGAUGGCAAAUGGGUCAAGCGCCAUGGUAAGCUGGUGGCAAAGGGCUACUCGGCGGCUCGCGCCCGCUUCUUAGAGACCGCCCGACGUCUUCAGGCCGUCUGGCGAGCUAUGCCACUGCCGGCGCCGCCGGCCGAGUACAACGGUCAUCAUGUGGUCCCCACGGAACGAGUCGAUGUGCUACGGGGCCCCGGAGAUGGCUACGGCGAUCUUUACAUUUAA